UUUAUUUUAUAAUUCGAUAAUAAAAAUAACGAUAGAAAUGAUAACUCAUAGAAAUUCAUAGAAAUUCAAUUUAUCUAUCACUUUUGCGCAUGCGUAUAUAUGCACGUUGUGUGACGGAACGAAUAGGAUAGUGUAUUAAUUAUGUUUACUACAAUUGUGAUUGAGUUUUAAGAAAAAACCAUGUGCGAUAAUGUAAAUAACAAUCCAUUUGCUGGAUUGUUUUCAACUAUCAACGAUGCCGUAUCAUUCUCGUCUCAGAAUCAGACUAAUAUCAACGAAAAUAAUAAAGUUAAUCAUGUUGCACAACUAGAGAAUAAAAACAUUGACAAUAUUACGGGAACCAUAAAUUUUCAAGAUUCCAAAGAUUCUAAAAUCAAUAAUCAGGUUAACUGCCUUCUUGGUGAUAUACUUGGUAUAACAUUACAUAGAAUUGAAGCAAAUGAACAUCAAAAAUGUAGAUUGAUUUUCGUUAAUGUUGAUUCAAUCGAACAAGCAGUUUUUGAACGAUUAAUGUUAUCUGAUUUAGAAUCCAAAUUAGUACCCAUUGAAAAUUCUCUUUUUACUGAUUCUCAUACAAUAGAAAAACAAGUAAUACCUUAUUUGUUUGAAAGUUAUUGUCGAUUACAAAAAUAUCAAAAUAAAUCAGAAUUUUCUAAUAUUCUUUGUAAAAUAAAUCAAGUUAUAUUGCAAAAUACAAGUGUUGCAUUACAGGAACCAGAAUUAUUUGAAGAACAAAAAAUUCACAAUCAAUUUAUUGCAUUAUGUAUGAAUGGAACUGAACUCAAAUCAGAAUUUUUAUCAUUUAUUAAUGGUAUUAUAUUGGAGUUACAAACUGAAAAUGAGAAAAAUGCUACAGAUGCAAUAGCUGUAUCUUUUAAUCCUAUUCUUGAUAUAAUUUAUAAAGAGGCAGCACAAAGUAAUCUUGUUCUUUUUCGUCAAUAUUGGUUUACUAUAUUAAAUCUUUUUUCUUCAAUAGAACCUUUAGCUAAAUUACUAAUUAAUCAUAGUACUCCUAAAAGUAAUCAAGGUCGAGCAUAUGCAGAUACAUUAUUAGGUGCACUUUUUAAUUUAAGUUGUUUACCAAAAACAAUAGAAGAACCAUUUUACUUUUUUGAAAAACCAUUGCAAUUGACUUCAGCUACUAUUGAGGGAAAUAUUUGGACAGUCUUAGAUGCAUUAAAUGAAUCAUUACAAAAAGUUUUUCACUUAUUAUUAAAGUGUUCAUCAGAAGUUCGUCAUUUAACUUUACAAUGGAUAGGCAAUUGUCUUCAUUCUAAUGCAAAUAGGGGGAAAAUUUGGAAUGCUCAAAAUGAUGUGAAUUUUAGCUCAAUGUUAUGUGUCUCUGAUGGUUUUAUGUUAAAUUUAGGAAAUGUGCUAUUGCGUCUUUGUCAACCAUUUUGCAUUAAACAAAAUGAUUCCAAAGUGCCUAAAAUUGAUCCAACAUAUUGCGCUGCAGAUGAUGAAUGUAUAAAUUCAAUUAUACAUUUAAAAGGAAUGACCUCAGAAACUUGUUUGAUACCAACAUCAGAAGGUGGUGCUAGACCAGUGGCAAAGACAUUUGGAUUUACUACAGAAUGCUUCUUUUUAACUCAUAGAGCAUUAGAUCUUGGAUAUAGAGUAGUAUUAGAUAAACUUUUAAGAGCAAAUCAAGAUUUGCUAAGAAUACAAAGAGUAUAUCAGGAUGCUCAGAAUGGUGGAAGAUCAGAAGUAUUUGAAAUGAUAACUCAACGUAUGGAAGAAGAAAUGACCAAAUAUUUAUCUCUGAGAGCAAGUAUUUUAUUACCAGAAAUGUUAAAACUUCUAGCAAAAUUUCAUGCAACAACAGCAUUUUGGUUAGUACAAGUAUAUUUGAAUGAAAUUGGAGAAAAUGAACAAAAUGAUUACAUUCCAAAAGAAUGUAAAGUGGUAACGUUUCCUUUACCAGAAACUGUUCCAGAUACUUUGAGAUGCAUUCCUGAAUUCGUAAUAGAAAAUACUAUUCGAUUUUUGUAUUUAUUACGCCGUUUAAAUCCAAAUAUUUUUGAAGAACAAGGAUCGGCUUUUCUUACACCUGUGCUUUCAGAGAUAAUAGUAUUAAUGGAAUCUCAACAACGUUUAUAUAAUCCUCAUUUACGUGCUCGUCUGGCAGAAGCUUUAGAGGCUCUUUUACCUACAACCGAUGAAACUAUGAGCCCUGUAACACCAAUUAUAGGGACAUUCCAUAGAGAACAAUUAUUUAUUACACAUCCAUAUAGACAAUAUAUUGUUCCAAAUUUACUUAAAGUAUUUGUAAGCAUUGAAAUGACUGGACAAAGCGUACAAUUUGAACAAAAAUUUAAUUAUCGACGACCAAUGUAUAUUGUUAUGGAAUAUUUAUGGAAACUGCCAGAACAUCGUAAUAAUUUUAUUUCUUUAGCUGAAGAAGCAGAAACCAAUAUGGAAGCAGCUCAACCUCCAUUAUUUUUGCGUUUUAUAAAUCUUUUGAUGAAUGAUGCAGUUUUUUUAUUAGAUGAAGCACUUUCAACCAUGGCUCAAUUAAAACAGUUAAUUCAAGCGAGGGAAAGUGGAGAAUGGAAUAAACUACCACAACAUGAACGUGAUCAACAGGCUCAUUAUCUUUUACAUCUUGGAAUGAUAGCUCGAUUUGAUAAUAUAUUAGGUAGAAAAACUAUAUAUACAUUAAAAAUGUUAACUACAGAAAUAAAAUCCAUCUUUUGUCAUCCAACAAUGGUGGAUCGUAUUGCUUCAAUGCUUAAUUAUUUAUUGCUUCAAUUGGUUGGACCAAACAAAAAAAAUCUUAAGGUCAAUGGUCAAAAAGAAUAUGCUUUCAAUCCAGCAAAUUUAGUAUUAAAUAUAUGCGAAAUUUAUAUAAAUCUUAGUCAAAAUGAAUCUUUUACGCUUGCUGUUUCGCAAGAUGGUCGUUCAUACAGUUCAGAACUUUUCAAAUUAGCUGACAAUGUUCUUGUUCGUAUCGGUGGCGUAGGUAUAUUAGGCGAUUUAGAUCAAUUUGCAAAAAAUGUAGAAGCAGCUGCAAGUCAUAAAAAAGAAGAAGAUGAAAUUUUAAUUGAUGCUCCUGAUGAAUUUCUUGAUCCAAUUAUGUCUACAUUAAUGACAGAUCCUGUCAUUCUUCCAUCAUCAAAGAUAACUAUAGAUCGCCAAACUAUCGCAAGGUUAGAAUUUUUUUGUUUAUUCAAAGCAUUUUUAUAUAAAAUAUGUAUAAUUAUAUUAUUAAUACUAUUUAGGCAUUUAUUAAGUGAUCAAACUGAUCCAUUUAAUCGAUCUCCUCUUACUAUGGAUAUGGUAAAAUCAAAUAUUGAACUUCAACAUAGAGUACAAGAAUGGAUUCAACAAAAAAAGCAAGAAAAAAUGAAAAAUUGCCAUUGAUUAUCAAAGAAUAAAACAGUUGGUAAACUAAAAUAUAUGAUUUAAAAAUAUAUAAUUAUAUUCAAAUUUACUUUUUUAUGAGUUUUUUAAUGAAAACUGGAUUUUUAUGGUUUCAGAUAAUAAAUAUAACAAAAUACGAUCAAUGGUAAAUUCAGAGUUUUACAUUAUUUGUUAAAAUUUCAUUAUUUCAUAAUUUACAGAGUGGUAUAUAUUUUUCUAUACAAAUCCUUAUAGACAUGUACAAAUAUCUAUUAUGUGCUGUAAUUAUCAUCAUUCUAUAAAAAUUCUGAUAUUGCAUUUUGUAGGAAGAAUUCUAUAAUAGUGUAUGUAAUGAUGUAAUCGUACAAAAAAAUGUUGUUAUUAUUGUAUAAUAAGUGUAAAAAGUAUUCGUUAUAAAAAUUCUUAUGCAUAACUUAAAUGAAGUAAGUGUUAUAAAUGAAUUAAUAAAGUUAAUUUCUACCAUAA